AUGAAACAAACAACAGACUCUUCUGAAUAUCCAAAAAUUACCAGAGAUGAAUUCAUCAAAGGUGUUGGUAACACUCCUCUAAUUAAAAUCAAAUCUUUAUCAAACGAAACUGGUUGUGACAUUUAUUGUAAGGCUGAAUUCUUCAACUCUGGGAAAUCAAUUAAAGAUAGAGCGGCUAUUUAUCUAUUGAAUGAUGCUAUGUCAAAAGGUUUGGUUCAACCAGGUGGUACUCUAGUUGAAGCUACUGCUGGUAACACUGGUAUUGCUUUGGCUUUAUUGGGAAGAACUUUCAAUCCUCCUUUCAAAGUUAGAUUAUAUGUCCCUGAAACUUUGGUUCAAGCUAAAAUCGAUGUUUUAGAAACUUUGGGGGCAAAAGUUAUUAAAUGUCCAACAAAUGUUCCUGCUGAUCAUCCUGAAUCUUUUAACAAUAAAGCUAUUAAUUAUUGUAAAGAAAAUGAGGAAGCAUUCCAUGUUAAUCAAAUGGAUAACUUAGAAAAUAAAAGAUCUCACUAUGAAACAACUGGUCCUGAAAUUUGGAGACAAACUGAUGGUAAAAUUAACGCUUUUAUUGCUGCUUGUGGAACUGGUGGUACUUAUGCAGGUAUUGCAACUUCUUUAAAAGAUGUUUCAAAAGGUGAAGUUAAAUGUUAUGUUGCUGAUAGAGAAUUUUCAGGUUUACAUUCAUUUGUGCAAUCAAAAGGUACUAGUUGGGAACAUGAAUCCGGUGAAUCAUUUGUUGAAGGUGUUGGUAGACAAAGUUUAACUCGUAAUCUUGAUGAUAUUCUUGAGUUCACUGAUGGUUCCUUUAAUGCUUUGGAUUCUGAAGUUAUUUUGAUGUUGUACAAACUAUUAGAUGAGGAGAAUCUAUCAGUUGGUGGAUCUAGUGGGCUAAAUAUUUGUUGCGCAAAGAAAUUGGCUCAAACAUUACCAAAAGGUUCAGUUAUUGUUACAACUGCUGCUGAUGCUGGUGAACGUUAUGCCAGCAAAGUGUUCAAUAAAGAAUGGCUAAAAGAAAAAGGCCAUUGGGACAAGAUUCCAGAACAUUUGCAAAAAUAUGCCACUUAUGCUUAG